AUUGUCAAGUUACUUUUUGGGCCUUUAUAUAUAAAACAUAAUCAAAAGUACAUAAAUAUUCUGUUACAAAAGUACAAAAUGGGCCAAUUCUGUAUUACUUUAAGAAAACUUUAUGGGCUGAUCCGGCCCACCAUACCACUAACGGCUAGUUUCAAAAAUACAAUCGCCGGCAAACACACACCCUAUCUCCAACGGUCAUAUUUUGUAAUGAACCGUUAUUAGAACCCUGAAUAAAUUCUUUCGAAUAAUGCCUCUCUACCUUCAUUCUUAAUCAGUUUUCCGGCAACCCGCUUCGGUUUUUCGGGUGAUCAUUCUCAUUGAACCAAAAGAAACAUCAAGACUGCAAUGGAGACUCCAACAUCAUCAUCAAGAACAAUCACAAGAUCACAAGCUUUGGUUACAAGGAAAAUUGAAGAAUCUGAGAAGAGGGUUUUGAAAUCAAGAUCAGCAUUGAUUGACAUAACCAAUGAUUCACCAAUUGUUGGACUUGCUGUUGGGAAUAUGCAGACACCAUCAUCAACUUUUUAUAAAAAAAGAAUGACAGUUAGAGAAAGCGAAGAAGACGAAUCGAAAUACGUCACCACUCCUGGGUCGGGUGAGGCUUUAUUGAGAGAUCAAGUGCAGACCCUUUUGCAGAAAGUUGAAGAAGAAGCUUUGAUUAAAAGGAUUACAUUUGAGCCCAAGAAUUUUGGGGGUUCUUUAAUGUAUGUUGUUGCUCCAACACCUGCUAAUACCCCUCAAUUAUCUGAGAAUAACAACACUGGUUCAGAAUCUUUGGCUGUGUCUACUGUUGGUUCAGAAAGCUUCGAUCUUUCGCAGGAAGAAGAGAUAGAAGAAGGUUUGGAAAAGAAUGUGAUAACAAAGUUGUUGUUUAGAGAUUUUCCUGAGAGACUGGAGGGCUAUGAUUCAUCUUUGGAUGAUGAAGAUGAUGAGUCGGUUUGGUCGGUUGAAGUGAAUGCAAGCACAACAAGUGAUGAGCAUGAAGUUGAUGAAGAAUUUGAAGUUGGUUAUGUAGAUGAAAUGGUGGAUGAGCUUUGUGAGGUUAUGAUCAAGAUUUGUGUGGAUGAGUGUGCUAAAUAUAGUGGAUGCUUGAGCGGUUAGCCGAAGUCAGUCGAAAACAAAUAGUUUUUGGUUCUGUAGUUGAAAGGGGGAAAUAUUGAUUUGUAUCAUGUUUUGAUGAUGAUUGACUGAUUUAAACUUGUGUGCUUC